AUGUGGUCAACCGGGACAUUAUGCUCGCGGCUGUUUAAACAAAUAACGGGGUUUCCAGAUGGUGAUGCCCCUGAUUUAGAACAAAACCCAUCUUUAAUAUUUAUUCGCGUACUUGCAAAUAACCGUUUCGUUCACGCUCUAGUCGAUACUGGUGCCAACACUUCUCUUAUUCAAAAACCAUUAUUAUCUAAGCUUUAUCGUUCUCCACCUAUUCAACCAACAUCAAUAUCUGCGAAACUAGGCGACGGCACCACCUUGUUGAAGACUUAUGGCUACGUGAACCUUCCAGUUACAAUUAAUAACAUUAAGACUUUUGUUAAAGCUUUGGUCGUUGAUUCAUUAACGUCGGAAUUUAUCUUAAGCAAUGACUGGCGACAGACACAUAAAGUACAUAUUUUAGAUGAUCGCUUAACCCUUCGUCAUCAUGGCCUGCAAACGUCCGUUCAAUUUGAACCUAACGUGUCUGUACCCGUUCGUCUUACAUCUACGAUUCAACUACUUCCACGUGAAGAAUAUCUAGUAGCCGUUACGUUGCCGAUCUUCAGGGCCGCCACAGUUUAUUUUAAAUCUAAUUCUCAGCUGCAAUUCAAUAAAAACGUUAUGCUGUCGGAUGGUUUAUUGAAUGUUAAGAAUUAUAAAGGUGCUUUAAUAGUAUACAAUCCGUCUUCAUUUCCUCGCACAUUACCAAUUAACACACUAGUAGGUAAUGCCACGUUUCUUGACACAAGACAAUCUCGAUUUCACUCUGUUACCGAAGUUCCAUCGUUCGUAAGUGCUAUUAAUACGCCUGUGGUCCUUUCGCACAUUUCUACUGAACCUUCCGUGCUAUCGCCAACACAUCACAUACCGUCACAACAUAAUACGCUUCUCGAUACGGUAUCUCGUCUCACCGACCACCUUCAUGACAAAACUGAUGCCACGAACGUCCAACAGAUCUUGUAUCAGCAUCUACAAUUAUUCGACACUUCCGUACCAACACAGGCUUCUAUAAAAAAUUUACAUACUAUUAAUACUGGCGAUCAUCCACCAGUAAACUCGAAACCAUAUCCUAAACCUAUACACGAACGUAAACAGUUACAGAAUGAAAUGGACAAAUUUUUAAAAUAUUGUAUUGCCUCACCGUCUAAUUCGCCUUGGUCGUCACCGGUCAUUCUGCAAGAAAAAAAUAAUGGCGAGUUUUGUUUUUUGGUUGACUAUCGGAAGCUCAACGCAGUCACCAAGAAAGAUGCCUAUCCACAACCUACAGUUGAAGAAUUAAUUAAUCGUCUAGGUGGCCAUAAAUAUUUCACGAAAUUAGACUUAAAGUCAGACAACUUUCAAAUACCGAUCAAUCUAAAAGAUCGAGAAAAGACUGCUUUUAUUACCCAAGACGGUCUGUACCAAUUUAAUGUCCAUCCUCAGGGUGUGAUGAACGGGUCUCCGACUUUCGAACGCGUAAUGAACAAUUUGAAUGGAAAUGGACGCUUGGAUUAUGUUUUGGUAUAUUUGGACGAUAUCGUGAUAUUUUCUAAAAGUCGGGACGAUCACUUAAAACAUAUCGCCAAAAUUCUCUCAAUUCUUCAUGAAGCUAAUUUUCAACUAAAUCCUGGCAAAUGUACCAUCAUGACUACAAAAUUAGAGUUUCUCGGACAUACCAUCACCGAACAACAAAUAACACCAUCUCAAGAUCGUAUACAAGCAAUAUUGAACUUAGAAGAACCAAGGACGUUAAAACAAGCAAACAGAUUUAUCGAAAAAAUGAAUUAG